AUGAAGACUCCGACAGCGACAUUCCUCACGCAGCUCGAGGCGCAACUGAAGGAGGACCUGUCUCACUACGCGGACGGCAGUAUGAAUCUCCACAACGUCCGCCCCGGUGCCUUGAUGCGGUGGAUAGCGAGCAGUGAGAUGCCAAAGAUCGCGGAGCGCGCCCGCACCCACGUGCCGGGCACCAACGUCAAGGUGGUGGCCAUGGCCACCUUGAGCCGUCUGGUGUACGGCCUACGCUCCAUCUUCGACCACAUCGGCCGUCGUGGGGAGUACUCGUGGCGCGACAAGACAGGCAAUCCGGCGCGCAGCGACGAAGUGCUAUCGUUCAUGCGCGGUUAUCGGAACUGGCUGGACGAGCACGACGUCAGCGCGCGCCCCGCGGUGCCGAUGGGUCGCGUGAAGAUCACGAACGUCCUGAGUCGUCUUUACGGCAUCAUACUGCCCGAGGCGGCUUGGGGCAAGCCCGCGUGGUUCUUGGCGAUCAGUGAGUUCUGCGCGUACGCGCUGCUGUACAUGACGUGGCUGCGCGGCUCGGAGCUCGUGGCCCUCAGCUGGGGCGACGUCACGUUUGAGGCGCUGCCAGGUUACGAGCGGUGGCUGGGGCUCGGGGAGCUACGCGUCCGUGUGCGGCACAGCAAGCACGCGGCGCUCGUUGCGAACGUCGUCCCGCAGCGCGUGGCCGUGGACACGGUAGACUACCCCUACUUUCAGUUCGGGCUGCGGUACUGGGUGGACGCGUGUGCCCGCGCGACGUACUUUGGGACGUUCAACAUCGUGGUGGCGCUCGUCUUAUACCGCUCGGAGCUGCGGAAGCUAGGAGUCAACGCGGACGACGACACGCUGAUCUUCCGGGCCACGGAGCGCGGCACGGGCCUGCCUGGCAACGACGGCUUGUCCGCGGGCGCGCUACUGGAGCGCCUAAAGAGCAGGGAGCGGGGGUGCGGCGUGUAUGGUGGCGAGACGCUGCACAGCUUUCGCCGCGGGGGUCUGCAGGACUCGCUCGCCAGACACGUUCUGGACAUGCCGGCCGCGCAGGCGCGGGGCCGCUGGGAGUCGGUGCAGACUAUGCUGCAUUACCUCGUCGCCGGUCACAUGAACAUCGGUGAGUGA